AUGCACUCUCAUCAUUCCCAUAGUGGCCAGUAUAUCUCCCAUGGGGAUGGUCUGCUUGAAGACGUAGUCGAGCAAGCGGUGGAGAUAGGGUUCCAGACAUACUGCUUGACAGAACACAUGCCCAGGUAUAAAGAAACAUUAUUGUACCCCGAAGAGACCGAAAAGGGUUUGUCUUGUCGUGAUUUGAUGGAGGACUUCAAAACUUACUAUGGCCAUGCUAGGAAGAUUCAGGAAGCAAUCAACAGUGAUUCAGCGACUCCCACCACCAUCUUGGUUGGGUUUGAGAGUGAAGGUGGUAUCGGUGAUGAACAUUUGGAAGCUGCUAUCAGAAUAAAAGAGUCUUUAGAAUUCGAGUUUGUUGUUGGGUCGGUUCACCACGUUAACUCGAUUCCUAUCGAUCUGGACAGAGAGUCCUGGAUUUUGGCCAAACAAUCGUGUGGUGCAGGCACUAUGCGAGAGUUCUUCCUGAGAUAUUUUCAGGUGCAGCAGAGAAUGCUGAAAAUUCUUAAGCCAGAAGUGGUGGCACAUUUCGAUCUGAUAAGAUUGUUGCUCACAGAUGAUGAUGUUGACGAAGAUGGCAGAAAAUAUGCAGACUAUGAUUGGGCUUUGGAUUGGCCUGAUGUGUGGAAGGUGGUGGAAGAGAAUAUCGAGAUCGUUGUGCAAAACAACUCUCUCAUUGAGUUAAAUUCUGCUGCAAUACGGAAAGGCUGGGACUCUCCUUAUCCCAAAUUGGAUGUCGCAAAAUUGAUGAUCUCCAAAAAUGCAAAGUUCUGUCUGAGUGAUGAUGCCCAUUCUGUGAAGCAGGUGGGAUUGAACUACGCAAAAGUGCUGCAAUACGCGGAAAAGUCUCUUCUUUUGAAGCAAAUCCACUACUUGGACUUUGACAGUGAUGGAAAGGUAGUCAUUAAGGAAGUAGAUAUGGACGCGAUAAAAGAAGACCCCUUUUGGACUCGUUGUGGGUCCACAUGA